UAAACAAGAUGUUAUGAAUGGACCGGUAGCGUAGCGUAACCUUGGUAGUAAGCGUUUGCAUGGUUAUUAGAUAAACAUUGCAUUAUGUCUUAUGCAAUCGCUAGUACGGUCAGUAAAUAAAAAUAUAUUUACAAUAAGAUAAGAUAUCGCGAAUUGUAAUAUAUCACUUGCUCCCGGAUUUCAAUUACCGAUUAGUGAUGUUACACCUCCCCUGACGCCUUGUUUUGAACGGGCGCGUUGACAUUUUAAUGCAUCGUAAAAGAAAUAAACCAAUCGACAAUUAUUAAUAGAAUGUUUUGGCUUGCACAUGUCACUAACAAGCUAAAUAACGAUCUGGGAAUUUAUUUCAUUGCCUGUAAAAUGCCCCAGCACAAUUCAGUAACAUUUUACAUUCAUCCGGUGCAUGACGUAAAUAUGGAACAAAAUGGUUUUAUAAACGGUGACGAAUUUAUAGACCCUACAGAUUUAGAGGGCCAUACUUUUCUCUUUAUUUGCCGAGUGGGUGAAGUGUGGGAGCUUUUAGACGCUGUGGAGUCCUUUAGGUAUAGGGACGUUUUGUUCCAGUAUGAUGCAUAUGGCAGACAAGUAACUCAUGCAGUCGCUGAGACCGACCAGGCAAAUUCUAAGGACAAAAUCGAAGCCCUUGUGACUGCUGGGGCAGAUUUGAAUGCUCGAGAGCUUCUAGAAGGUAACACACUGCUCCAUCUCGCGGCGGGUAGCAGAAAUUACUCUUUAGCCGAGUGGAUUUGCCGGCAGCCUGGCGCAGAUCUUGGGGCUAUCAAUUUCCUGCAUGAGACUGCCUACAACGUGGCCUGCAAAGUUGGAGAUUUCUGGAUGAAGGAGCUUUUGAGGGUAAACGGCGCAGUAUGCGACGAACCGGCAGAAAAUAACGAAAUUCUUGACCUGACUUUGAGGUAACUGACAGUCUGCUGCAAUCAAGCUGCAGAGAAUCGACCAGAAGAUAGCCUGUGACCUAUUGAAAUCGUUAUCAAACAUCCGCUUUGUAUUUAAUGGAGUGACAUGCAAUAAGUGACUCAGUUUGUUCAGUUUCGCAGUAGCAGAAACAAUGUAUUCAUCGAAAAUAAUAAUGACCGGGUCCAGAAACGAACAAGGCGAAAACCUGGCGCAUUUCCUUUGCCACGGGGACAUCAACAAUCUGAUGUUUCUGCACGACAUCAUAGACAAUGACAGCAGGCAUUGUUUGAUGGAUUACAACAAUAAACAACAACAAUGCGUACAUGUGGUCGCAUCGGAAUCCGACGCUGUGGAGAAAAUGAAGCUCCUGGUCCUGUGGGGCGCUGACAUCAAUGGAAAAGAGCGUAAAAACGGCGAUACUGCUUUGCAUAUCGGUGUCAAGAUGAACAACUACGAGCUAGUGGAGUGGCUCUGCAGACUGCAAGAUAUAAACCGGGAGUUGAUGAACAACGAAGGUAUGACUCCUUUCCAUAUCGCGUUUAUGAAGAGGGAUGAGAAAAUGAUGAGAAUAUUAAAAGAAAAUGGCGCCACGGGCAGACUUCCUCUGCAGUCGGAAUCAAAUUCUGCAGACGAGGACUACGAGCCUAACAAGAAAAGCCCAAACCAAGUGUAGUUUGUUUGUUUUCGUUAUACAGUAGGUAAAACAGUUAUCUAUUGUGUGGGCAGCUGGUAUGAGUUAAUGAGAUCACUGAGUCACUAGAGCACUUGGCAAUGAUUUAUCGACGUACACAUUGACGUCAUUUGGAUUUGAAUUACGCUUGCACGAAGUGAAGUUUAUUUUCAAUGGCGGUCAACGCGCUGGUUAGUGUCUAAGGACAAGGUUACAUUGUCUCUGCCUUUUUUUUUUAAAUUUAGUAUAAACUAUAAGUCAUUAUGAUUAGAGUUCGAAGUGAGUAUUUUUAUUAUCUUAAACAAAAUUGUAUUUGGUAACCUGACAUAUUACUGACUUGUGUUUUUAUAACGUUUUAUAUUUUAUAUUUGUCAUUUAUAAUAUUUAUUUACAGUCUGACAAUAUUAGCUGAAUUAAUAUGUUGUAUAAUAUGGCAUUUGUAAUGUUAUAGUAGAGAUAUGGCUUGUUAUCUAUGGAUAUAAUGAAUUGCAUUAUUUUGGUUUGCAAUACAUAUGUAUUUUAGUUUAUGUUGUAUAGAACCUGAAAAAAAUAUGAAAUAUAGCAAAAUGUCGCAAAUCUGAUAUUGUUGGUGUGUCAUUUUAUUUAAUUUUACUGUUCUCUUACACUUUAAUUAAUAUUUAAAUAUCGGAGAUUAAUAUUUAUGUUAUUAAUUUGUUUGAGGAUAUCUGUAAUAAGAUGUUAUUUCUACUUGAUAUUGUAUAAACUUCUUUGUUAAAAUUUGUUUUAGAAUUUUGUUCAUUAUUCUGAAAGCUACAAGAAUCGACCACCUGUUCAAAGAUAGUUCACCUUUAGUGCUCACCUUUUCUGACAU